AUGGGGAACACCGUCUGCACGGAUGCCGUGCCCUUCUCUCUGGAAGACAUUCUGCACUCAUCGCAGCCGUCGCCGAGGCGCUGCGUGGCGCAGUUUCUGCCAGUUGGCGUCAUUGACAAAUUCACGCGGUACCAGCACAACUUCAAGGCGUUCGUCUUCCGCCAGGGCACAACGGGCGCUGCUGUGCGGCGGCUGGACCCUUCGCAGCUCCACGCACAACCGUUUGACCUCGCACAGGCGAAGAUUAAGUUGGAGGAAACCGCGGCGUACGUGCUCGUGCACGUGCAGUGCCGCCCCGUCGCCACGAUUGGCUCGGCUAGCCCCGACGCUCCCACCCCACGUGGCGGAGGGCGGCUGCAUAGGGAGUUUGAUGGGGAUCUGCGCGGCAAUGAGGAGGCCCCCGCAUGGUCGCGGAUACUUGCAGAAGUGUUUACCCCUCGAGGCCUGGCAACGGCGCUCGCGUCAAACAUAGACAAGCCCUCACUUUUCCUGUCACCCUCUGUUGCUGUGGCAAAUGCCGAUGUUAGCCCAACCGCGGAGCGUCAUCCCACCGCCGCGGCCUUGCGCCUGGGUGAGUUGGACUUUCGCUUUAGCGUCCACAUACUUACUGGCAAAAAGGCGCAUCAAUUGGUGGCAUCCGUCGCCUUGCUCCAUGCCUUGCGUAUUGAGCAGUCUCUUAUGGAGAACGAUGAGGCCGUGCGGGGGCUCUUUUUCAACUGCAGGCCCUCGCACUGGACGUCUGAUGCGAAGCCGGUCUUCCCGGCAUGUGUUCCUGUCGGGGAGCUGGUGAGCUACCGGUCCUUUUCGCGCCGGAAUCCACCGAUUAUAGAGGAGUCGCACAGGAACGCCAUUCUCCGCAUUUUGCACAAUAUACGAUGGAAGCCGUCGUUUCCGGCGAUUCUGGCGACGCCGCCCACCGCACGCGGCAGUUUAUCCCGCGGCAGCACCCCACGCGGGAUGCUUGCCCCCGUCACCACCACCUCCGUCUACCAGCAGGCCUUCAUGCAGUCGUUGGCAGGUGCCGCCCCUUCAGCCUCCCAGGCAUCUUCCGCGUUGGAGGUACCCCGUUUACGGUUCGCGCCGGAGUCGGCGCGGCAGAGCGCGGCGGAUUUGCCACUAGGUGCUCCUCGACGGCAGAGCAGUACGUUGGCGUCGUCGUGGACACAGCGCGAGGGCGCUUCGGCGGCGUCCAAUGCGACCUCCGCACGCACACCGCAGGCCCCUGCGACCCCGCCGCUUUUGCCCUUCAUUUCCAGUCUACGCCUAAGCGAGGCUCUGAACGGGCGGGGCACCGCUGAGGCGGACCCAGAGAAUGACGAAAUUCGCAUGACAGAGGAACGAGUAAAGAAACUGAAGGCCGCGACACCAGAGGCCACUGAGAUACUCCCAUGGCUGUUUGUGGGUGGGGAAGAGGCCGCGGGGGAUCGUGUCCAGCUUCUAUCAAAGGGCAUUACCAGUAUUGUAAACACCGUCGCAUUUUCUGUGGGAAACGCUCACACGGAUGUUUUUCACUACCUCGGACUUUACCUGAGUGACGCCCCGGAUGAACCCAUUUUCUCACUUUUCCCGAUUGUGAUCCGCUUUGUGGAGGAGUCACGGGUAAAGGGAGGCAAGACGUUUAUUCACUGCCACCAGGGCGUCUCUCGCUCCUGCUCCUUUGUCAUUGCGUACAUCAUGUGGAAUCAGGGCCUCUGCUACGACAGGGCAUUUGAGUUUGUGCGUGCGCGACGCAACGUGUGCAGCCCGAACACGGGCUUUUAUGUGAAUUUGCUGCUGUGGGAGAAUCAGCUGGCAACCCCAGUCUUCAACAAGGCCUACGCAUACGUCCCCUACACUGAAUACAUGUUCCCCUUCUCCUUUCGCCUGGCCCUCGCGUUUCGUGCGCACGAGAACGCGCACAGCGACGACGACUCACAAGUCGUGAAUUCUUUUGUGCGUGUGGUCCACCACACCGACAAAAGCUACGCGGUCGAUCCACGGCUGAGUUACGGCAUUUUGUUUGGGGGCCGUGACUCACAAAGUGGGGCCCCUGCGACGCUCAUCUACUCCUACUUCUUCGCAGGCUCGGACUGCGACGCCAUAGUGCGGCAAGAAGCCAAGGAGGACUGGGAAGCAUUCAUCCGAUACAACUUCUACCAUGGGCAGAGGAGGCGAAGCACGAACAACAAGGGCGAGGUUGUCGCGUACGCGCCAAUACCAGCGCUUGGGCAGCCAACGAGGUGUUUGGCGGGCAUUCAGGAUCUGGAGGACGUCGUUAACGAACACAUGUUCAGCCGACGACGCAGGGCGUCCGAUGGGGCACGAGGUCCAAAGCCAGUACUGGCGCAGCUGGAGUGCUGGGACAAGCUGCUUGCUCACGAGGACAUGAUCGUUCGCCUCUCCAACUUCCUUGCGGAGGAGCAGCGUGUGAAAUUAGCAUCUCUGAGCCGUAAACGCAUGCGCGAGGAGGAACGACGAGGUCUGGCUAAAGUCUCGCCGCCUGGUAGCACGCCGCGGAUCUCGUCGUACAGAAGCGCUGGCGCUAGGGGCAACACCGUGCCAAACCCUGCUGCACCUGCACCUGCACUUGUCGCUGCGGCCGCCGCGGUGGAUUCGGCGUCGUCGGUGUCUCCGUUGUCCACAGCGCCGUUAGCAAAAUCCACAACUACGAAGUCGGCGGCCGCAGGCGCGAAGGUUGCCGUGCCGCAUAUAAAGACAUCCUCAGCACCGCCCACGGCAGGUUCCAAGCCGUUGGGCGGUGAGGUGGAGAUUUACGCCUACCCGUUUACUGGUUCUCCGCUGACGAACAUAUUAGACAUUGCCGACAUGGAACCGGAUGGCUGCUACGUGGUUCUUGUCCCCGCCGCGGCGUCGGGGCGCCACCGCGUGUUUUUGUGGUUCGGCUGCAACUCCAGCGUUACUGAGCCGGAGGCCUGGCAGGCGUACUGGCGAUCACUGAAGGUCGACAAGGACGUUCGCCUGUGGAACGAGACGGUGCUGGAGAGCCCGUUGGAGGAGGUGGCCCGCGAUGGCGAGGAGCCCGACGAACUCAUCCUGGCGCUUGAAUAA